AUGGUGGAUAUAUCAUAGGAGGGGUUGGAUUUUUUCUGAGAAUAGGCUAGGAUCUAGAAGCUUCUUCUUCUUCACUUUUUUUUUUUGUUCUGUGUGUUCUGGGUUCUGGUGACGAUAAAAUCUGUUUUGGAAUUCGAUUUCUGCUUGUUUUUGGGUGGUUUGGAGAAGAUGAUAAGAUGGUGGAUUUCUGCUCUGCAAUUAACCGAGCUUUUUGUGAGUUCCAUUGUGCAUUUGUUAUAUGGGUUUUACAUAUUUAGUACGGCGGUGGCUGGGGAUCUCUCCCAGACUAUGAAUGAAUUGUUUUUUAAGAGCAACGUCAACAUUGAACUGAAGGAGGAAGGCCCCGGAGGGACAACCACCAAUGCUGGUGGGUUGCCUCCAAUCGUUCUGGUUCAUGGGAUUUUUGGAUUUGGGAAAGGGAGAUUGGGAGGUUUAUCGUAUUUUGCAGGGGCGGAGAAGAAAGAUGAGAGGGUUCUGGUGCCUGAUUUGGGGUCUUUAACCAGCGUAUACGAUAGAGCUCGUGAGUUGUUCUAUUAUUUGAAAGGUGGGGAAGUUGAUUAUGGUGAACAACACAGCAAGGCUUAUGGGCACUCCCAGUUUGGGCGAGUUUAUGAACAAGGGCAUUACCCAGAAUGGGAUGAGGAUCAUCCUAUUCACUUUGUUGGACAUUCAGCUGGUGCUCAGGUUGUGCGUGUAUUACAGCAAAUGCUUGCUGACAAGGCAUUUAAGGGAUAUGAGAACACUUCAGAAAACUGGGUAUUGAGCAUAACAUCCUUAUCUGGGGCUUUCAAUGGGACUACAAGAACCUACUUAGAUGGCAUGCAGCCGGGGGAUGGAAGAACAAUGAAACCUAUAUGUUUGCUGCAGCUGUGCCGUGUAGGAGUUAUAAUUUAUGACUGGUUGGAUAUUCCUUUUCUAAAGUCCUACUACAGUUUCGGGUUUGAUCACUUUAACAUGUCAUGGAAGAAAAUUGGUCUUUGGGGUCUUGUUGAUUGCCUGUUAGGAAAAGCUGGACCAUUAGCUUCAAGGGAUUGGAUCCUCCCUGAUCUUACGAUUCAAGGGUCAAUACGACUUAACAGCCAUCUUCAAACCUUUCCCAACACAUACUAUUUCAGUUAUGCUACCAAUCGGACAAGGAAGUUCCUAGGUGUCAUGGUUCCUUCUAGCAUUUUUGGAAUACAUCCUAUGCUAUUUAUACGAGUGCUGCAGAUGAGCCACUGGCGUCAUCCUCCAGAUGUUUCUCCCCCAUACAAAGGCUACAGGGAUGAGGAUUGGCAGGACAAUGAUGGAGCUCUCAACACCAUAUCCAUGACUCACCCUCGUCUUCCAACCGAACAUCCAAACCGGUUUAUUGUGAAUGAUUCUGAGUGCCAACCCUUGCAGCCGGGAAUCUGGUACUACAAGAUUGUUGAAGCAGAUCACAUAUUGUUCAUUGUAAACCGGGAAAGAGCAGGAGUUCAAUUUGAUCUGAUAUAUGAUAGCAUUUUCAAACGUUGCAGAAAACAUGUGUUUAGAAAAACACCACAAACUUUAUCAAACCAAGUUCAUCAAUAGGCUAGUUUCUAUUGUUCUCAGACAUGUUAUACAGCUGAUAGAGAAAUUUAGAAGAAGGGCUUUUACUAUGUUCUUUGUUUUUCUUUUGUUUCCUCUUUUCUUCUUCCUCAUUGUAAAUAAAAUUUUCUAUCUCCAUUCUAUUACCCUUCUUGCCUUUUAGGCUGAAUUUUCAUCAUUGAUCUCAAAAGCUAUUUUUAUCCAUCAGAAUUCAGAACUGUCUUUUGAAACAUUGCUAUUCAGUCCAAGUGAAAAUUAGAGGGUUUUGUUUUUUUUUUUUAUCUCUCGAUAUUCGGAUCCAAAGCAUGGAAAUUGGUGGCUGGAAUUCGGGUCGGGGGUUCUUGUCGGGUACUGGCCCUCAUUUCUGUUCACCCACCUGAGGGACCGUGCAAGUAUGGUACAAUUUGGGGGAGAAAUUGUAAAUUCAAGAGCAGGAGGAUUUCACACUUCAACCCAAAUGGGAAGUGGGCAUUUUGCUGAAGAAGGCUUCGGAAAGGCCUCAUAUUUUCGGAAUUUGCAAGUUGUUGAUUGGGAUAAUAACUUAAUCCCCCUCUCAAAUUUACGGGUCACGGCGGAUAACCCGAAUUGCUAUGAUAUCCAAGGAGGCAUUAAUAGAGU